GAUUGUGCAGCUUGUUUUCAACUUUUCUUGACUUUUCUUCUUUUCUAUUUAGACAGAAACGCCAGCAAUAUCACUCCUAGAAGAUCCUGUGAACACGACACUGCUGGAAGUAAAGCUAAAGGACAGCGAUCUCGUCACAAUUUGGGUGGAGGACGGCAUUAUAAAUGAAUUGCUCGAGCAGUUUGAUUGGAAUUUUGAGUGGAUGGAUGAACAGUUACCAGUUACGAGCACAGUCAUUCCCUCGGACUCGAGGCAUUUCCUCACCACCCUCUGUACUGAGUGCUACUUUCAAGUGAAUGUGGGCGCACGUGGACGUCCGUCGUUGACUGCUACCAACUCUUCGCGGAACCGGGUCUAUUUGAGAGUGGUGAACCCAAAUCGCAAUCUUACCUCGGUGUUCGUUUCAUUCGUCCUCACCAUCGAGGCCGAGUUACGCCCAGCCUUCGAUGGAGGUAUUUUAAGAACGCUUGUUCAGCUACUAGACACCAGUAUCGAGAUGGAAGCGGGCGCAUUCCCGAAAACAUGGGGCAUUUUUAUGCAAGAUUUAAUAAGAGGCAUGAUCAUGGAUAUGUUAUGGCCAGAGAUAAAGAAUGCAAUCGAGGAGUUGAGUUAUGGAAAAGGAGUCGCAAUUUCGCAAGCGUGUGGAGUCGAUCCCAACAACGUCAGCCUCGACAUAGGAGAAGGAAAUUUCGCGCUCACUACACGGUUAGCACUUCAGUAUCUGGACUUGGACAAGUGUUUGACGGACUUGAAGACCUCGUUGCCAAGCACGUCAAAAAUAUUUCAAAAAAUAGAACAAUAG